UACUUGAUUCUUGUACCACGGCAAGGAAGCAGGUCGUCAGCAUUUUAAACUCAAUCAAAAUGAACGGCUUAGAAGACGAAUCAAUGGCCCCGCAGUCGUUCCUUUACGGGUGCGUGCUGGAAGCUGGAAAGGAGGUGUUGUUCAAUCCCGAAGACGAUGAGUUUGAGCAUCAGUUGGAUCUGAGAAUGGCCUGUGUGGACCCCAGUACGAAAGAUGAACUUCACAUGGUGGAGGUGGAAGGACAAGACACAGAGGGUCAGACAAUCAAAGCAGUACUGGUUUCGCUUAAGCCCUCCAACCUGCCAAGUGUGUGUCUCGGUGGUUUCACAAUCACACCCCCAGCCACUUUCCGUCUGAAGACAGGCACUGGUCCAAUCCACAUCAGUGGACAACACCUAGUCAUGAUGGAGGCUGAUCAGUCUAUUGAAGAAGAAGAAGACGAUGAAGAAGAGGAGGAGGAGGAGGUUGAAUGUUGUGUUGGAACAUCAAAGAAAAGACCUGCUUCCUCCCCUGCCCCCAAGUCUCAGAAGAAAAUGAAAAUGGGGGAGGCUGUUGAAGAGGAUGAUGAGGAGGAUGCCGACGAUGAUGAGGAGGAGGAGGAGGAGGAGAGUGAGGAAGAAAAGUCACCUGUUAAGGCCAAGCAAACGCCUUCCAAGAAAGUUUCCCCAGCUCAGAACGGCAAGAACUCAACCCCCAACACUCCAGCCAAGAAGCAGUCUAAUGUACAGGACAAGAGCCCCAAAGGUAAAGCUGGCAGGUCGCCUAAGGCCCCAUCAACUCCCAAAGUGAUUCUAACACUGCCCGAGAUUAAAGCCAAGAUAACAGAGGCAGUAAAGAAGGGUGUAUCAUUACCUAAAAACCAGCCCAAGUUUGAGAACUUAAUGAAGCAUAGUGAAAACAUCACUGACACCAAGGUCAUUGCGGAGCUCUGGAAGUGGAGACAGACCAUGAAAGAUGCUAAAUAAUUGUCUUGGCAGUUUUAUUAUCCCUUAUGACUUGUGUAUACCUAUAGCACCUCUCAAACCCUCUGAAACCAAACCCGGUGCCUCACACGUGUCAAUAAUUCUACGUCUAGAUAGUGACGCGGUAUUGUUUUUCCUCAAUCAACCGCUCAACGAGAAAUGCAUAAUUUGGGUUUUUGACUAAACCUUGUGAGGACCUGCCUACAGAUUUGCAACAUUUUGCAAAUGUGUAAAUAAAGUUCCUGCUAGAUCGUAUGAGAGUAGAUGGAUAUGUUUAUUUUAUAUAUAGGUAAUGGUUAAUUAUGGCUCUUGCGGGAACUACAUAAAUCCAUCCGAUCAGUUAAAUAGCAACGAAGCGGCUCAAGAAACUUUCCACAAGAGUUGGACAUGGUGAAGGUUUAAAGCAGAAUCUAGUGUUGGUGAUGCUGAUUUUUUUUCUAUUGUCCACCAUGAAAAUGGAAAAUUGCACGUUUUGAAUGUUUAUGCUAUCGAGAGAUUCCCGAGGUCAAGACCCUUCAUGACUACACAUUCUCCACCUAACCUAAUACAUGUAAUUUUUUAUGCUUUUAACCGUCCGGAAGUAAUAAUUUGGUCGUGAGCAAACUGCAUUAACCUUUUGGGGAGGCGGUGUCGCACACAUGCGAUUGGUCUUUCAGUUAUUUGUGUUUCCAUGCUUACUUGCCUCAACUCACUUGCAGACUGCGGGAAGGAAUUUGCUAAUUAGUUUGACUUUUUUUUUUUUAGUUGAUUACAAACAAGAAUUGGAAAGAAAGUUCCACCUGUUUAAUGUUCAUUGUAAUGUUGGUGGAUGAGGCUCGUUGGAGUAAAAGGUCAUUCCAUGUUCUCAAUAAACACGUUGGUUAAGUUUGGGUUGAAAAGGCCCUCGAGUUCAUUUGGUAAAAUACUGUAAGCGUUGCCCUUGUUCUAUUCCCCUCCUAUGUGAAUAUGAAUAUUGCCUAUUAUGAAGUUUAUGCAGGUAUUUGCCUUGACUGCUGACAUGUACUUGACAUUAAAAUUUCAAGCAUAGGAAA